UCUCGACGCCACACCUGAACCGGUUUGGUUGGAAAGUUGUAAUUGUUUUUCAAAUUAUCCAUCUACUCAAGCAAUAUUUCUGAUACUGAAAUUGGUAAAUGAAACAAGAAAAAGAACAUGGCGACAGAAAAGGGCAAGAGUGAGACUGAAGAAGGAUGUGGCUUCUUCACUAAAUGGGCCGUGUUCAUCUUUAAUCUGUUUUUUGUUUUAUGUGGUCUGACUCUGCUUGGCGUAGGAAUCUGGAUAUCCGUCGACAGAAACUUCCUAUCAAGUCUGCUCCGUGCCGAGUUGUUUGCCUCAGCUGCUUAUCUUUGUAUUGGCUCUGGAAUCAUCAUCAUCGUCAUUGCAUUCUUUGGAUGUUGUGGAGCCAGAACUGAAAAUAAAUGCCUAGUUGUUGUGUUUUUGCUCUUCUUAAUCUUCCUCUUCCUAGCACUAGUGGUGGCCGGUGCGGUUGCAGUCGCAUUCAGGGAUCAGAUGGGUGAAACCAUGAAGUCUGGAAUGAAGCGGACACUGGUUGACUGGUAUGGUGAUGAUUACUCGCAGGUUGUGACAGAUGCGUGGGAUCUGGCUCAGAGCAGGCUGUUCUGUUGUGGAGUGGACAAGGAAGGAUGGGGUCUCUACAACCAGACCAAGUGGGUCAAAGAUGCAAACCCAGGGCUCAACAGUGUGAGUCCAGGUUAUAAGUUUGUUCCUGCUUCCUGUUGUAAACGAGACUAUCGUGGCAACUAUGUUGAUCUCAACCAGUGUCAAACUACGCGACUGAUGCCACCUGGGACUAUGAUAGGAGGGUUCAAUGAUGCUUUAUACUAUGAUGGUUGUUAUGACAAAGGUUAUGAAUUCUUGGCAAAACAUGCUGCUAUUCUACUCGGUCUUGGCUUUGGGGUAGCACUGAUCUUGUUGCUGGGCAUCAUCUUUUCUGCUAUACUUCUACGAUAUAUCUAGAGGACCAGCCUGAGGAUAAUCCUGUUUGCUUCACUGACAAGAAGUGUGCCAUAAGUUAUUUCAAUGAAAACUUUGCUGACGUUUGUAAUCAUGGCAGUAACAAUACAUAUCAAGGUGUGUCUAAUACCCUCAGCCUUGAGAGGUAGUCGGGCAUCUUAUUCACAACCUUUGCAUGUUGAUCCAUUUAUGGGUUAAUCUGUAAUUGCAGGGUAUAAAAAUAUGGGAACAUUUAAAAGUAUCUAUGCUUUAAGGAACUGAACACAGUGCCGCCUGUUCCCAUAUUUUCAUACUUAAUCUGUAAUUGCAGGCCUUUCACAUCAGAGGGUGUCAGUUCCAGGUAAAGACAGCAAUAUCAGACAUAGACUUGAAAAUGUUGUUUACUGAAUUUCUAGAUAUCUUCCAUUUAGGUUAAUUUGUAUAUUUGAGGCGAUGUAAUGGUUCCUUCGCGAGGGUUCACUGUUUUGACAACUUGUUUUGGCACUUUAAUAAUAUUGUGUCGAUGCUGGACUCUUAAGUAUUGGUAUCAAAAUGAAAAUGUGUCAAUCCCUUGAGUGUAUAAAACACUUGCUGCAUUGAUUUAUCACUGGCAAUUCUUCUGUGUUUGCAACUGGAAAUUCAUGUCUAUUGACAUCAAACUUUGUACACAUCAACAACUUUCCCUAAGUGUUUCCUGUGUGAUGGUAGGAAUAUCUUUUAGGUUGUGAAAACAACUGAAAAAUUUCAAAUUUGAAUAUGCUUUUGUUUCUGAAGACGUCUUGUAAUAAAAAAGGUCAAGUCAGCAAGCCUUUUUGGAUGAAAUCAUUCUCAAAUCAUUCACUUCACAUUGAGACACAGUGUUUACCAAAGGUUGUGAAAAUGAAAGACUUGGCCUGUAGGUCCUUUUGUUCAUUUUUUCAUACAAAAUGCAUGUGUCUUAAGCUGAAAUUUAUUGUAAAACUUACUUAACUGAAAUAUUGGGUAGCCAAGAAGAAGAAAAAAAGUGUUGUACUUUACCACAGAAUAUGGAUGAUGGUAGUAUCACUUGAAUGAUGGUCUUUAAGCAGCAAGAACUCCAUUAUUCCAGGCAGAAUUGCACUUUUUGGUAUGCAGUGUUUUUGUUGCUUGAGCAGGUUAAAGCCUUUUUGACUAUAAAUUUGAAAUUUUACCCAAUACAAUUUUUUUGUGAAGUGCAAUUUCCACGAGUUAAAAAAAUAUUAGUACUGGUAUUAGUAUACUGAAACUUUACAUAUCAGAGAAGCAUGUAUACGGCUGAUUCCUCUAUAAACGUAUCAAAAGUAUUCUUUAAGAAUAAAAAAUAAGGAGUAACCGCUUAAUUUUUAAACAUACAUGUACAUCAAAUGAGAUUGUAAAUAUGUCUUUUAUACUAUAAUAUAGUCAUUUUUAGCCUUUGUAUAUGCUGUGAAAUGAUGUAAUCUUAUUCUUAUCAUGUAGUCUUAUGUGUAAAUUGUACAUUCCAGUCUUUUUCCACAAGUUUUUCUGUACAUAUCAUAGGCUGAGAGUCAGAACAGACUGUCUCCAAUUUGGAUGACCACGAUAUAUGUGUUUACAACUAGUGUUGCCUGCCAGAACGCUCCUAGUGUUGGCUCUAUCAGUAACCAAGAUAUUGGUCACCAUGUCCUGUGCAUCUUCUUCCUUUUUACUGGAAUGCAGUUGUAUUGACUAUUAUGUCCAGGACAUUCAGCCUAGGCGGGGGAGUCCACGCAAGCUAAUCAUGUUUCUCACUUGGUUGGGUCUUUAAGCUUCCCUGGCAGACACCAGAUACAACGAACCUCAGUCGGUUUUAAGUCUCAUUCAAAGGACUGUGGUCAACUGGGUUUGGCUUGCUUCAAAAUAUUUCUGGGUCACUUUUAUCAUAACUGCAAUAUUUGGAGAUCUGUUCUGGAUCGUAAGUCUAAGCCACGAUAUACUGUUUGCUAUACACUGUAUGUGGGACAGUGGGCCAGAUUAAUCAUUCGUCCAAUCUUUAUGUAAUAAUAUCUGUUUAGUACUGACUACGUGUACACUGUAUAUGCAGAUAGAUGUUCAAAACAAAGUCGGGAAAACCAAGUAUAGAUAAGAAUGGAAUCUAUACUUGGUAAAACCAAACAAUCAUGCUUUAAUCAUUUCAUAUACAUUCCAGAAAUAAACCUUUGCUUCUCAAACAUUUCCCGGGCAGUGGCAAGAUUGCAUGACAGCUCCAGUAUACCCAGUGCCAGGCGUUGUCUCUUUAGCCAGUGGAGCGGGACCUUUUCCCUGAAAUAAUAGACUGGGGGAAUAUAACAAUACAAAAUAAAUAUUAAUGCGUUUGGGGUGAAAUACAUGUACCAAUAGCUGAUGAGUGCUUAGUGAAAUCCUAGGCACUUAAAACCCACCUGGCCUAUAGUGAAAAAACAAGCUAUUGAAAAUACAUCGCAGUAGACCUAAAUGUGGUCUAUCACAUUUUGAUCUGUGCCUUGAUAACAACAAGCUGAAGGUUUGAGUUACUGUUGGUGUAUAAUUUAUUAUUGAUUGCCAUUGAAGGUACAUUGUACAAAACAUAUCAGUAGAAUUCUUUGCCUUAUUGAAAGUAAUAGUAUGAUAUUAGUGUAAUAAGUAGAAUGAGCAUUAAUGAUGAUUCAUAGUGUGCUUGCUGCAGUGUAAAGAAGAAAUAUUUGCUUGCAACUGAGCGCUCUGGCUCUUGUGAAUGUCAAAAUAACAUACAUGAUGAUUAACCAAAGGAUUUGCUUGGAGCAGAUUGUAUCUGGUUCUACCCAAUAAAACAUAUCGCUCAACAUUAGGCCAUAUAAAAAAAUUGCUCGAUUCUCAUCAGAACAUGGAUGAAAAUUCUUACGACGAAGGCAAUUUAUAUUUUAUAAUUUAUAUAUCAUAUUUUUGGGGUAUAGUGGAUUCUCUUGGAAGAAUAAAAUAAAAAAUCCGCUACAAAAAUGAAAAACUCCAGUCAAUCUUGACACUAUUAAAUUUCGUCACUGUGCGAGUUUGUGCCAUGCAUCUCUGAGGAAUGCCGAGUGGCUUCUGAAGUGGCUUCUGAGGGAUACUGAUUCUGGGGAAUAGCAGACUCGACGAAAAUGUUUGAAAAAGAAUCGAUCAGCAUCGCCAUCAUCAUUCAGAGAAUACAGUUCUCACUGUUUUUCGAUGUUGGUAUUAAGCAUUACAAAAUAUAAAUUUAACAUUGUUACUGGCAAAUAUGGCACCCAGAGGUUUUAUAAUUUGUAUAGAAAAUAUUUAGAAAAUUGACCCGGUGCCGAAAAAUUUACCCAGCCGCUGAUGAGAAUCAAGCACAUUUUUUUAUGUGGCCUUAGUGGGAACCUGUUUUAAGUUGUCUCAACACAGCUGUCUUCUUCAUCGAUGAUUUGAGAAUAACAGUAGUUAUUUUGUCUAGGCUCUCCACCUGUAUGAAGACUUGUCUAUGUUUAAACAUUUGAAAACAUUUUGUUUGCAAAAGGUCACAUGGUGUUGGGCUGCCCUGUGAUUGGUUGCAAACCUUUUCAUCCUUCAAAGCUUGGUCAACUUGACAUAACAGAUCAUUAGACGUUGAAAGCAGCCAUCUGAAACUAUACUAUAGCCAAAAGAUUCUCCUCAAUGAUAUUAGGCAAAUGAAGUAUCAGACUGGGGGCCAGCGAUCUUGCCAUCAGUUGUUCAUGCUUUGAACUAAAAAUUUAUCAAACUGGAACCUAAUGUGUAUUUUCAGGUUUACAGAUGACAUGAUGUAUAUUUGUGACCCGCAAUGCAAAGUGUACCUCCCCAGGGUGUUUUGACUUUUUGAGCAUUUGAUACCAACCAAGUUCUAGCUUCAAAUGUACAUGUUAAAGACUACAAAGUCUUCUUUUGUUUUUUCAUGUGUCAUGGUUGGGAGAAUUACUACUUAGCAUCUGCUACUUUAUCAACUAGUAUGCCACCUACAUUGUAUCAAAGAAAAAGCAUUCCUACUUGUAUUCAUUCCAGAAACUUUGAUCCGCCCAUGAAAUAUUUGUACAAAAGUGUAAAUUCAUGUUUCAUACAAUGUAUUUUGAUAGUAACUGGAAUAUUAUAAUAAAUUUACCAUACCAAAAAUGA